AAUAAAUCUUCAAAAUACCCAAACUCAAAAAUGGAGUCCACUAUAGCCUUCCAAGACGUUUCCCCUAGCGAUCUCGAGAAGAUGUCCCUCAACCAGCUCAAGGCUCAUAAAGAAGAUCAGCUACGUGCCAUAUACGAGGAAGUUCAGAAAGAAUUCAGUGAGAUUUUAGACUUAGAAGAUGAUCCCAGACUUUCACUAGAGGAAGCACUUUCACUCAAGCCUGUGUCUCUUCUUAGACCUUAUAAGGGAGGAGUUAAAAGAAAAGUAGCCAGCGCUUGUAUCCUCAAAGGCAAGAAUUUGACAGACAAAGAACUACUUUCAGACUUAAAAGCCUCUAUUGUAAGUCAUAGCAAGGAAGAUAGUCUGUCAAAUUCAGAUCCUCUACUGAAAUCUAUCAGAUCCCUACAGAUCAUAGAUACUGAGUUGAACAAGAAAGUUGGCAAACUUCUUAAGCUCAAGAUUUUAACUAAGAUCAAAUCACUCACAAUCGAAGAUUGAAAGAUCAAAAACAUCCCUGACGUUGUCAAUUUACUUCAAAAGUAUUUCAAGGAGCUUCAAGAAAUAUCCAUCAUUGACCCACAGUGCACUAAGAAUGAAAGAAAGGAACUCCUCGAUAUGAUCCAGCAUGUAGUUAACUUCACAGCUAUAUUUCAAGAGAACGCCCUCACUGAAAUAUCUUACAGAGAUUUUUCAGUUCAUGAUAUCUUUAUAAUGCUGCAUCCUAAAGCUCAGCUGGUCACUAUCCAAAAUAUUAGGCUUGGCAUUCAUAAAAAACAUGAUGAAAACGAUAUAUAUAAGCACUUCAUGUAUUCAGAUCCUGUACCUCAUCUGAAAUAUUUGAACUUGGCAAGUUGCAUGCUAGACAACAAGGCUCAUAAAUUAGUGAUGUCCUUUAUUCUCCAGUGCCCAAACUUGAAGAUAUGCUCCCUUAAGAACAAUUGAAUCUCUUCAUUACAGUUAAAUGUCAGCAGCCUAAAAGGAGUUAAAGAUUUCGGAGCUAAACCUGAAGAUCCAUCUUCUUACAGACUAUCAUGUCUGAUUGAUUACAGAGGCAACAUGAUCAAGAAUCAAAUUGCCAAGAGUUACGCACAUUUUUACGAAGACUGCACUCUUCUCCUCUGGAACAACCCUGUGGUACAUCUAAAAGAGAUCAAGAUCGAUGAAAACCACCCAGAGCACAUUUAUUUCCCUGAAGAUGGUGCUGAUCUACACUUCGACAACCUCCUGUACAAAAACCCCAGUGAUUUCCUAGCCUAGUCCCCUUCCUUAAUCCAAAAUUUACCAAAUUUCAAUAAUAAA